GACAAAGGAGAUCUCGAGCAGAAAUAGCUACCAAUGGCAUCGAGUCGGAGCUCCGAAAUCCGGAAAGAUGCGGUUCACAACCAAUGGGUGAUAUUCUCUCCGGCCAGGGCCCGUCGGCCAACGGAUUUCAAGGCCAAGCCCGACUCGAACCCAGACGCGAAAACCCAGACGGAGUGCCCCUUCUGCGCCGGCCACGAGCACGAGUGCGCGCCGGAGAUAUUCCGAUUUCCACCAGAGUCUACAUCGGACUGGUCAAUUCGGGUUAUCCAGAACCUCUACCCUGCGGUCAAUCGCGAAUUGCAACCACCGGAUAUUGAAUGCAGAAGAGGUCCGGUGACGGCUGCCGGUUUCGGGUUUCACGAUGUAGUGAUCGAGUCCCCAUCUCACGCCGUACACCUAACGGAUCUUCCCCCGGCUCGGAUGGCAGAUGUUUUACUGGCUUAUAAGAAGAGGAUCAACCAGCUUCGAGCUUUGGAUUCCAUUAAAUAUGUUCAGGUUUUCAAAAAUCAUGGUGCCUCGGCUGGUGCAUCAAUGAGCCACUCACACAGUCAAAUAAUGGGACUUCCAGUUAUUCCUCCCUCAGCUUCUGCAAGAAUUCAGAGUAUGAGAGAACAUUUUGAUGAAACUGGGAAAUGUGGCCUCUGCCAAGUUAGACAGGAUGAUUUACUAAUUGAUGAGUCCACACACUUUAUAUCCGUUGUGCCUUACGCUGCCAAGUUUCCUUUUGAAAUUUGGAUAGUUCCACGUGUUCACUCUACUCAUUUUCAUGACAUCGAUCAUGAUGAGGCGUUCGACCUCGGGGGUCUCUUGAAACUUAUGCUUGUGAAGGUAUCUUUGCAGUUGAACAACGCGCCUUAUAAUCUCAUGCUUCACACUGCCCCAUUACAAAUUGAGUCUACGCAACUGCCUUUUAGUCAUUGGUUUAUACAGAUAGUUCCCCAACUAACAGUAGUGGGGGGAUUUGAGUUGGGAACUGGGUGCUACAUAAACCCUGUUCUCCCUGAGGAUGCUGCUAAAGUCUUGCGGGAAGUAACUAUUCCUAAUUAGACAUACAAAAGGCAUUCAAAAUCUGAUGAAUUUUGGAAAAUCUUGAUACCUUAGCUGGAUAUCAAACUGUGGACGAAUAAAUUAGAAUUAUUUGGUUUAUACCUCUCAUAUGUCCUUUACACUGAAGUUAUGCUUGUUCGAUUCUCUAUACUGUUGUAGUGUAUUUAGGUUCCAUUUGGGUUUGCAUCAUAUGAGUAUAUGGGUUCCAUUGAGUAUUGACCUAUAAUGCUAUGUUAGGGAAUGAAGCAUGUGUUGUGGUCAAAUUCCCCAAGUUUAUGAGAAUGUUAUUUCUUUUGAUUAAUUACCAAUCUGUGAUUGACGGAAAUCCAUUUGAGGGUACUGGUAUCGUAUUCAUUAGUUGAAGCCAUAAUUUUUUAUGUUGCCAAG